AUGCCCGAGGUGUCGAAGCUGAAGAAGCCCGAUGCAAAGCUCGUCCUCCUGGGGGACAUGAAUGUGGGGAAGACAUCUCUGCUCCACCGCUACACGGAGAGGAAGUUUAAAGACACUGUGAGCACGGUCGGAGGGGCCUUUUUCCUCAAACAGUGGGGGCCAUACAACAUCUCCAUAUGGGACACAGCAGGUCGGGAGCAGUUCCAUGGUUUGGGGUCGAUGUAUUGUCGUGGAGCCAGUGCCAUCAUCCUCACCUAUGAUGUAACCAACUGGCAGAGUCUGGUGGAGCUGGAGGAGCGGUUUCUCUCUCUGACAGACACUGCCAACCAGGAUUGCAUCUACGCUGUGGUGGGCAACAAGCUGGACCUGACAGACCUCAAAGCUCAGUUACCAGAAGCUUUGGACACAGAGGACCAAAAGUCCCAGGUGCUGUCUGCUUGUCCCACGCCGCCCGCCUCCCCCGUCUCAAUCUCAGGAGUACUACUUCGCAAACAGAAAAAGGAACGAAAACCAAGAGUCACCAACAGUGGACUUGGAGGACGCUAG